CGGAGCUCAUUAGACAGCCAGACAACAGAACUUUGGUAUAUUCUCUGUCGGAACAGUAGGAGAUGGCUGAAGCUCGUUGUGCUGUGGAAGAACCUAGAGUUUCUCCAAUUAUAUCUGAAGAGGAGCAUAAACGAGAUAUAUUUCAGGAGUGGAAGCGGUCAAUCGUCCGUCGAUUUUAUAGAACAAGAAAUUUGAUCAACAAUGGGCUCUGGCCGACCUCCCUGUACAACCUGGGUGUGGUGGUGCUGAUACUGUCAUCAUGUAUGAUCUGGGACUGGGAGUUCUGUAAGGGGCUGACAUCCCGACUCUGGGGACUGGCUGAUACACUGUCUAUACCAGAAGGUUUUCCUGUAAUCCUCCGUGCGAUUUUGACAAGCUGUGUGGCAGGAUUCCUGUUCUUCGUUGCCCUGUUAUACAUACGUCGAUUACUGCUCCGAUCUCUCCUGUCGUACUCGGGAUGGAUAUAUGAACAGCCUAAGACUCAGUCUGUGACCACAAUAUUAUGGGGUGUGGCUGUACGGUGUGUGUUUGGUUACCACCCCCUCCUGUACAGCUGUCAGCAGUCCCUACCUAGGAUGAAUGUGCCGUCCCUCAGUCAGACCCUCGACACACUACUGCUCUCCUUGAAACCUCUAUAUGGCAACGACUCGGAGAAGUGGCAGCAAAUUACAAAAGACCGCCAGGAUUUUGAGAAAAAAAUCGGCCCAAAGUUACAACGAGUCUUGGUCCUGAAGUCCUGGUGGGCCCAGAAUUAUGUCUCCGACUGGUGGGAGAAGUAUGUUUACCUGAAGAGCCGGAGUACUCUCCUGAUCAACAGUAACUACUACAUCAUGGACCAGAGCUACUGGAUCGGGUCAACAUUACAGGUCGCCAGGACAGCUAAUGUGAUGUACCAAUUCCUGACCUUCAAGCAGCUUGUUCACCAUGAACGACUUGAGCCACUGGUCAUCAGGAAUACCAUACCGAUCUGUAUGGCCCAGUAUGAUAAAGUCUUCUCCACAACAAGAAUUCCGGGAGAAGACUGUGAUUCCUGGUUACAUAGUGAUUCUUCAGAGUCCAAGCAUGUGGCUGUGUUGAGGAAGGGACUGCUAUAUAAGGUCUGUGUGUUUGAUAAGAAAGGGAAGCUACUCACACCGUUACAGUUAGAAAAACAGCUGGAGUGGGUGAUGGAGGAUGCUGACGCUCAAACAGACAAUGUCAAUGAAGCAGAGAAGAGCAUUCCUGCCCUGACAGGGAUAGACCGCACGUCUUGGUACAAAAUUCGCACGGAGUAUUUCUCGGAGGGCAUCAACAAGGAAUCCUUAGAUACUGUGGAGAAGGCGAUUUUCUUUGUGAGCCUAUACGACUGUUCGUACAAUGAUCUGACGGAGCGUGGAAAGCACCUACUUGGAGGGACGGGGAUGUCCAUUUGGUUCGACAAGUCCAUCAACAUAAUCACCUUUCCCAACGGACGGUUCGGUCUCAACUGUGAACAUUCCUAUGCCGAUGCUCCAGUGAUUGGUCACCUGUCCGAGUUCAACAUGACCAAUGAGAUCUCAGAUAACCUGUACAUGCCUGAUGGUCACUGUAAACCACUACCAGAAGACGCAACAGUUCAGGAGAGGACCACGCCCACACAACUCCUGUGGGACGUUGAGGGUUCGUUAGCCUCCGUCAUCAAAGGUGCUGUCGGUACGGUCAGGAAGGCUAUAGAUGACCUUGACCUUUGUGUGAGAGACCAUGAUUUAUAUGGUAAAGGAUUCAUGAAGACUUGCAAGGUCAGUCCUGAUGCCUACAUACAGAUGGCCUUACAGUUAACAUAUUACAAGAAUGCUGGGAAAUUGGCUCUGACGUAUGAGUCCUCCAUGACAAGAUUUUAUCUCAACGGUCGCACGGAAACUGUGAGGUCAUUGACCUGCGAAUCGGCCUCAUUUGUAAGGGCGUACAAUGACCCGACUAUAGCUAAAGAGGAGAAACUGGAGCUGUUCAGAAAAGCAUGUCAAGGGCAUCAGAAAAUGUAUCGAGACGCCAUGACGGGGCAGGCAUGCGAUCGACAUCUCUUCGCCCUCUAUGUCGUCAGUAAGGGACUGGGAUAUGAGUGCGACUUCCUGAAGAAUGCCCUAACCAUUCCCUGGACACUGUCUACCAGUCAGCAGCCCCAACAACAGAUGGCCCGCAGUCCCGACUGUAACCUGCCCGAGUUCAAGGACAUG